AUGAGGGGAAUAGAAGGGAAGGGAAAGGGAGUUGACCUAACGAAUGGGCAGCUGACGCCUAAUAACAAUACGCCACUGCUUACUCAAGCUAUUUCAGUUAUGAAUAAUUAUCAGGCUGCUGCUGCUGCUGCAGCUCAAGGCUUCGGCCCUCCAGCAUCACCGCAUGCGACAAACACACGGGCCGGAUUUCCUCCGGCUAAUUCUCCGGGUCCUACUAUUGACAUGUAUAACUCCAGUGCAGCUGAUAGCGUCGCCGGUUACGUCCAGGCAGCAUCUCCACAACCUUCUGGCUUUCCUGCCAUUGCCGUCAGUCGAGCUCCAAUUAAUUAUAAUCCGAGAAAAAAAAGUGUCACUAGCAGGCAGGAUUUUUUUUUUUUAUUUUACGACUAA